GGUGUCAUGUGCAAGAUGGCGGCGUCCGGGGGAACCUGAAGGCUUGGGGAGGAGCUAGAGCGUGCGGCCUGGGGGUCCUUUCGCUCUGUGUUCACUGUUCACAGGUUUCGCGCCGCGCAUCUUCCGAGGCCCUCGGGUGCGAUGUGGAGGAGCUGCCUCCGGCUGCGGGACGGGGGUCGCCGCCUCCUGAACCGGGCCCCGGGUGGCCGCACCGCCUCCGUGGGGCCGGGGCUAUCCCCGCAGUCCCCAGCCCGGGCCUAUGCACCCCCGACAGAAAGGAAGAGGUUUUAUCAGAAUGUCAGCAUCACACAGGGUGAAGGAGGCUUUGAGAUAAACCUCGACCACAGGAAGUUGAAAACUCCCCAAGCCAAGCUCUUUACCGUCCCCAGCGAGGCCCUGGCCAUCGCGGUGGCCACUGAAUGGGACUCCCAGCAGGAUACCAUCAAGUUCUACACCAUGCAUCUGACCACAUUGUGCAACACAUCCUUGGACAAUCCAACACAGAGAAACAAGGAUCAGCUAAUCCGGGCAACUGUGAAGUUUCUGGACACUGACACCAUCUGCUACAGGGUGGAAGAGCCAGAGACAUUAGUGGAACUUCAAAAGAAUGAGUGGGAUCCAAUCAUAGAAUGGGCCGAGAAAAGAUACGGAGUGGAGAUUGGCUCCUCCACCAGCAUAAUGGGACCCAGCGUCCCUGCCAAGACUCGAGAGGUGCUUGUCAGCCACCUGGCGUCUUACAAUAUGUGGGCCCUACAAGGGAUUGAGUUUGUAGUGGCCCAGCUCAAGUCCAUGGUGCUGACCUUGGGUCUGAUUGACCUGCGCCUGACGGUAGAGCAGGCUGUGCUGCUGUCACGCCUGGAGGAGGAGUACCAGAUCCAGAAGUGGGGCAACAUUGAGUGGGCCCACGACUACGAGCUGCAGGAGCUGCGGGCCCGCACUGCUGCUGGCACCCUUUUUGUCCACCUCUGCUCUGAAAGCACCACGGUCAAGCACAAGCUCCUGCAGGAGUGAGGCCUGGGCAGUGCAUGCCCAGCAGGACAGAGGCUGCACAGCCACAGCUUUCCUGGCCUGUGGAGCUCAGCCUUGCUCAGCGAUGCCAAGAAGCCCCCGAGACACAGUGCGGUUGUCCAGAGUUCAGCCUGAUUCCAACCCAGGUGCCACUGGCCAGGCCAGCAGCGAAUGAGGGGGACAAGCUGUACCAGUGACUUUCUCUUGACCCUGAUUUUAUUAAAUAUUUCUCCAUCCUGGAAA